GUGUUGUGUAUAAUUUUUUACACUCUUUUUUUGUUAUUUUAUUGAUUGUAUUGUGUGUGUUGCAGUAGAAGAAGAAAACGGGUCUUUUGUGUGUUUAUUGUUGUUGUCUUCGCGUCAUCUUGUUGUUGGUGGUAAAGGAAAUAAUCUUAAGAGUUGUGUUUAUAUGUGGGUGGGUGUAAGGAAACACUCUGUUCGUUCGUUCGUGUGCAUAAACAACAAUAGCAGCACCAAAAACAACAAACGAUACGAAAAGAAGCGAAACAGCGAAACACAAACGUAAAGCCGUAAAUUUUUUCUGAAACAAAUGUGAAAAUUGCCCAGAAAAAUUGUGGGUCGUUAAAUACAAAAACAAAGAUCCAUUGAGGAUUUAAAAACGCCUACGCGCAAAAAAUUAAUGCAUCCGAAAAAAAUUGAGAAAAUAACCAGAAAUAUACUCGUUUUCGGGUGUUAAAACAAGUCAUAAUAAAUACACAUAAAAAAUACAGUGCAAGCAAUUGAAAAGAAUCGUUCGUUUGGUCGGUCGGUCGAAAAAGAAAUGAGAUUUUGUAUCGGCUUUUUUUUGCAGGCAUUAUUAAGUUGUUGUUGUGUGGUGUGUGUGCAAAGUGCAUUAUCAUACUUUUACAAAUUUACUCUACUACUCCAAUCUCCUUGUCAGCAGUAACGCAUAAAACUUGCAUACACAUAUCGUUUUUCAAUUUUAUCGCUUGAGUUGCGGGUUCUUGGUGAAUGACUGUGCUAUCUAUCCCAAACCCCGUCCCUUAGUCGAUAUUUACUUUGUCUGCUGAACAACGUUUGGGGCGCUCGCUCUCAUUUGCAUACACUUAGGUAAGAAGAGUGAGUGUAUGCGCCUCCUUCCUCGUUCUCGUCCCUCGCAAGUGUGACUUUUGCACAACAAAGUAAUAUUGUGCCAUCAUCAGUAACCGUGUGCUGGGGCCUUAAGUGAGUAGAGAGUGAGUGAAUGAGUGUUGCAUAGCUGUGCCAUUCUGCUGUCUUGUAUGUCUCUUCAUCGUCCAUCUCUAUCAGAACAUCAGUCAUCAGUAGUAGAGUUAUUGUGUUGUAGUUUGUUGUUGUCGCCUACUGCUUGUGCUUGUGACCAGAAACCAACCAACAUCAUAUAAACGACUUUGAUGUUAUUAUUGCCUGUGGCUUAAAGCAAAAAUCAAAUGUAAUAUGGAUUGCAGUCUUGCAGAUCGACAGUCGUCAUCAUCAUCAUCAACAUCGUCGUCAUCUUCAACGCCACAAGUUCUAAACAACCAUAAUCAUCAUCAACAGCAGCAGCAGACACAGCAUAAUCAUCAACUACCACACCAAUCGGUUCAUUAUCUGGACGAAACGAUUAAAAAUCUCACCAAUCUAGCCGAUACUUGCCAGAGUAUUGGCAAAAGUGCCAUUGCAACUACUGCUGGUGGCCAGAGCAACAGUUGCUAUUCCAGUCCCUCCAAAUUGCAGGCAGUAGGUGGUGAUUAUUAUCAAAAUUUUCUCAACUCCCAAUUGCCGGCCACAUUGUCUGGAGGCGCCAGCAGCAGCGGCGGCGGCUUGUUGUCCUCCUCGCCAGUUGUAGCUGGGGCAGCUGGAGUUAAGUUACGCAAAUAUUCUGAUCGCUGUCUGAACUUGUCAUCUUCCCCCGGCGGUGUUGGUGAGGGUGGUGGUGUUGGCUCCUCCUCCUCGUCAUCCUCACAUUCAUAUCGCAUUUCAAUGGCCAAUCUGGAAGAAACACAAGAGUCCGAACUUGAUGUCAUAUUGGGCGAGCUAAGUCUGCUCGAAGCACAAAUAGCCACAGGUGAUGCAAAUUUUCUGCCGGCUGCAGGAGCGCCCGGAGGCAUGUGCACUCCCUCCUCCACACGCACACAUUCACGCACAAAUUCCACAAUUUCGGGGGCCACCUCAAUAUCUGGCUCCUCAGAGGGCGGCAGCAGCAGUACUUCACAUUCUUUAUGUUCCUCAUCGGGUAUAUCGGAAAACGGUAGCCAUGCUAGCCAUAAUCCUUCCUUGCAAUCAACAAACAAUGGUCCUACAACACAACUGAGAGAACCCCGCACCGAAUCGCCCGACAAUGAUUCGGCUUUCAGUGAUACCGUGUCGCUGUUGUCCAGCGAAUCUUCGGCCUCCUCGGGCAUGAGUUCGGCGCUGCAUCAUAAGCGUCUUAUGCAUCAUCAGCAUCAACCGGUGCUGCCGCUGUCGGGCAACACAAAGGCGGCCAAAAUACAAUUGGCCUUGCAUAAGUUGGAGACGGCACCCAUUAGACGGCUGUUUGUGAAGGCCUUCACCUCGGAUGGAGCUUCCAAAUCAUUGUUGGUCGAUGAGCGUAUGACGUGCGGGCAUGUGACACGUUUAUUGGCCGAUAAAAAUCAUGUACAAAUGCAACCGCAAUGGGCUUUAGUAGAGAAUCUAGGCGAUUUACAAAUGGAACGUCUCUUCGAAGAUCACGAACAAUUGGUGGACAAUCUAAUGACCUGGAAUUCCGAUGCUGGCAAUCGUGUACUCUUCCAACAACGCUCCGAUAAAAUAUCCCUCUUCAUACGUCCUGAGCUGUAUUUACCCGGUCCACAAAUGGCCCCUGGCAGUCAGCAUGAUGAGCACACGCGCUCCAUGCUUUUGGAGGAAUUUUUUGAGACCAAUGCCGAGAUACAGGUCGAUGGGCCUUUGUACAUGAAGGCCGAUCCCAAAAAGGGUUGGAAACGCUAUCACUUUGUAUUGCGCAGUUCCGGCCUUUACUAUUUUCCCAAAGAAAAAACUAAAAAUGUGCGUGAUUUGCUAUGUCUCACUCUGUUCAAUGGCUACAAUGUCUACAGGGGUUUGGGUUGGCGCAAAAAAUGGAAAGCCCCUACCGAUUACACCUUUGGUUUUAAGUCUGCCGUAGACUCCAGCUUGGGCAAAUCGUGUCGUACUUUGAAAAUGCUAUGUGCCGAGGAUUUGGAAACCAUGGAGAAAUGGUUGACUGCCAUACGAGUGGCCAAAUAUGGCAAACAAUUGUGGGAUAAUCACAAAGCCUUAAUGGACGAAUUGACCAUGGGCAGUGAUGGCAUUUCUCAAAGUAGUUUUGCUGUGUCCAUGCGUUCCGAGUCCAUAAGCAGCAUUUCUUCGGCAGUACCUUCUCAAUGCGGCAGUGUUUCUUCGGCCAUUUCCAGCAUGUCAGCCUCCUCCAGUGGGGGACGAGUAUCGCGGGCUUCUUCCUCCUCCUCCAGCGGUUGUUUGUCGGAUGACAAUAAUGGUUUCGAUUCGGAAUUCACCACAGGCACCAUAAAACGCAAGCCCUCCAUGAAGCCCAAUCUGCCUUUGACUACCAUGACCAGGCAAUUGAAGGAAGUGGGCGAAAUUACCCAGGCCGACAAUGAUGAAUUGAAUACCUCGCCCGAGCACAGUGGCACUUUGACCAGGCGCCACAGCCGGCGAAAGUCACAGGAAUCCAAUGGCAGUGGCACGCUGAAGCGACGCCCUGCCGGUGCCAGUGCUGCUGCGGUAAUGAUGACUGGCCUCACCAAGCGCGGUUCGGCGGAGAGCAUGAAUGCCAAUAAUUCCUCGGGCUCUUCGAAUUCCACUCCCACACCAACGCCCAGCAUAUGUGCAAAACCUUUGGUGGCUGCAUCAUCAGUUUAUCAGGACAGUCAGUUGCCCCCACCUCCGCCUUCGGUCUUGAACAGUGUGGGCGGAGUAGAUGCGAUGAGCUCUUCUACUUUGUCCUUGGACUCUCUGCCUCCACCACCUCCCCCAGCAGCCUUAAACGAGAGUGAACAUGAUGUCUAUGGAUCACAAUUGUCAUUGGUCUCAUUACCUCCACCACCGCCACCUGAAGAGGUGGCCAUGACACCGACCACACCCACGGCGGCGCCCCCUAGCAGCAUAAUGUACACAACGGCAACGGUGCACAAAAUGCCACCGCCUGCGGUACCAGCCAAGCCCAUUAAGCCGGCGGUGAAGACAGCACCACCCUACAAGAAUCCUCCCGAUUACAAAGGCAAUCAGUGCAACCAAAUGAGCAAUAACCAGCCACCACCACCACCUCCCACACAAAAGAAGGUCUCCUUUGCCGAUUCGCCGGUGCUUCUGAGAAGGAAAAUGCAUUCGCCCGAACCGCAGCACCAGGAGCCUUUCUAUGCCCCGGGGCCGCUGCCACCGCCAAGAAACGAUCUCACCAGACUUUCAAACUGUUCUUCGACCAUCUCAUCAGUGUCGCAGCAGGACUAUGGGUCUCCCAAGCGCUUGCAGGAGUCUCAAUCAAAUCCUCCCAGGGAUUUCCUAAAGGAUUUGCAAAGAGUAAUGCGCAAAAAAUGGCAGGUGGCCCAAAAAUGCAAACUAGAGCCGGCCACCACACCCCACGAGGUCUUGGGCUUCCGAGACUUUUCCUCCGAAGAGCUGUUGGCCCAUAAUCUAAACUCAAAUUCCCAUUUCUAUAGAGAAACUGCUAAUGUCAGCAAUUGGGUGCAAGAACACUAUGGAGCGGGUGUGGCCUGUGAACCUCCACCACUCAAUGAAUAUGCACUCUAUGAAAAUAUACACACAAACUCCGCCAAUAAUGGGGUAGUUGAAGGACAACAAUAUGGCCAUGCUCCCGCAACAAUGCAGGCACCACCUCCUCCACAAAUGGCAACGGCGUCAGCGGCGGCGCACAAUGAUAUGGCCAAGCGAAACAAGCGACCUCCACCACCGCCACCAAAACGCAGCGAUUCCACGCAUUUGACGCAUCGCGUUUAGUCUUUUCUGGGCACGUGCUUUAGGGCACGAGGCUUCUGGCAGAAAUGAGCAGCAACUAGUUGUAGAAAAAUUGCAAAGCAGCAGCCGCCAAAAAACAAAAACAGAACAGAGUAGCAGCAUCAAAAUUUCGAAUAAUAAUAUAUUUCCAUAUUUGGCGAUCACUACUACCUACUACCACUACCACAAAAACAACUACUAUACAUAUACAUAAAUAUUUCAAAAAUUAACUAAAAGCCUAGACUCCAUAUAUAGAAAUUUUUUUAAAAGAAUUUUGUUUUGUGUGUAAUUUAAAUUUUAAGUAUUUAAAAAGUGCUUUUAAAAAUAUUUCGUCAUAAGUUUUAUCUCAAAAACAAAAAAGCAAAUCAAAACAAAAACCGGCAUUCAUUAAAUAAUUCAUUGCGUCUAGUUUCUUAAGCUAAGUUCCUUUGUUUAUGAAUUGUAAACUAACAGUGUUUUCUUAUUUUUUCUUUCUUUCUUGUAAAAUGUUUGUUAUACAUAUAUACAAAAUUAUACACAUACACACAUUUAUACACUUCUCUUUAUACGUUUAGUUUAUAUAUACAUACAUAAAUAUAUGCAAUGAAUUUCGAUUAUUCGCUACUGCCUUAAAGUAUGCAAUAAAUUUUAUUUAAACUAAAAAUACAAAAAAAAACACAAAAUUCUG